AUGGGUUGUUUUCGUGAGCAUUGUAAAGACCGUUCACUACCGAUUAAUUUAUUUUGGUUUGCUCGUCAACUUGUCCGGUGGAAAUAUGUAGUGGCCGUCUUGUCUCUAGUUUUUAUCUUAUCAACUUCUAUCAUCUGUAUCAUAUUCUUUCAAAUGCCUGACUUUAACAACCCUUUUGUUGACUUUGUGACAAUUGGAACUAGUUGGUCUGCACGUACUCAACAAUAUUUGUUAUUGUUAGCUGAAACAUCAAACAACCCUGAUCAUUUUGUUCAUAAUGAGCUGAUAUGGUUUCGAAGAAGAAAAGAAAAAAAUGAAAUUCAUGAGGAUUUUAUUGACCGAUCUCGACGUUUUGCUGAUACUGAAUAUUUUGAAGAGCAAUUUUGCCUCAAAGAUAAAAGUAUUGCAUCAGAUAACAGCUUAUGGAAUUUAUAUGCAAAAUAUAGUCGAAUAGUUUUUUCAAUAAAUUAUGAUACACUACUUAAACUGCCUAAUCAGUCUUCUUCACAAUUCAAAUUAAAUGAUUCAAAGAAAAAUGUAACAUUUCUGAAUGAUACCUCCUUAUGGUAUACUAUACUAUCAGAUCUUUGUAAAUUACAACGGAGACUUACUGAUUUAUCUACAUACAAACAGUUGUGUUACACAAAAACAACUCAUCACAAUAAUGAUAAGGAUAAUAAGUAUUUAUCUACUAAAUAUAAGGAUAAUUGUUGUUCUGUUUGGUCUUUAUCAAACAUGAUUGCAUCAAUGUUUGGUAAAAGGUCUUGUAAACAGCUAACAUUUACUGAUGCACAAAGAGCUGCAGAAUUAAUUACUGCUUGUUAUCCAACUUUUCUGUCCGGCCAAUUACGUCGUUCAUGUUGGGAUAAUUAUGAUACGGAUCCUGCCUUGUUAUGUCCUAUGGUUCAACCAUCACAAUGUUUACACUCACCUUUGCUACCAAUUAUAUUGGCUGCUCUUCUACCAGAUGAUAACAGUAGUAAUAGAAAUGUUAAAAAGCUUGAGAAAACUCUAAUGGUUAUACCUAUACAUGCAACUGGUUCUCAUUUAUUUUUUGAUGAAAUUGAAAAUGAACAUCAAUCAGGGAGACUUACAAGUAGUUUGCAAAACUCUUUUCAUAUUCAUAGUAUAUACAUAAAUGAAUAUGAUGAAAUUGUUAACCGCCUGCUUUUUCAUGAUACAUCAUGGCUGUUGAUUAGUGUAAUCUCGUUAGUUCUACUGCUAACCAUAUGGACUGGAACUUUAUUCAUACCAUUGAUAACUGUAAUGGCUAUUAUCUGGUCAUUGUUAAUUGCUUAUUCUAUAUAUACUAUGGUGUUACAAAUUCCACAUUUCUCAAUAAUUAAUUUAAUGGCUAUUGUUUUGGUAACUGGACUUAGUGCAGACGAUUUGCUGGUAUUUUAUCAGGUAUGGAAACAUAAGCGAUCAUUGGUGGAAAAAAUGAUUUCUUCUUCACAUAGUGAUGAUAAGCGAUACAAUUUAAUUUCUAGUCAUGAAAAUCAUCAAUUAACUCUUUAUAAUCAAGAUGAAUUAAAUCUUUCCACCUCAAUAAACACAAACCAUAUCAUCAGUACAAACAUGUGUCUCUGUGAUAAUGGAAUUCAUUUAGCUUCUAAUGAUCAUACAGAAAAUGUUACACUGAAUACAGAACACCUAUUAGCUGAAUGCUUACAUUUUACACUACUUCAUGCUAUUCCAUCAAUGACGUUGACAACAAUCUCUACACUAUCAGGUUUACUAGUCAAUUUGCUCUCAUCAAUUGUUGCUAUUCAACGUUUUACUAUAUUUGCUAGUCUUGUUAUAACUUGUAAUUAUAUAUUUGUAUUUGUCGUAGUUACACCGAUGGUAGUUAUUCUAGCAGAAUCCAAGUGUUCUCUGUCACUACUGCAUCAUUGUAUUCCUCUUUAUAUUUCUAAAGCAUAUCAAGGCGUGUUGAAGAAAUGUCACCAGUUAGCCUUCUUAUUCAAUAAACUGAUUAUUGAUUUACAUUUCCUCUCUCCAAUUAUAAUUAUCGCUUCUCUCUCAUUUACAAGUUAUCAGUUAUUAUGGUUACGAAAAUUUGAUAUACCUCAUGACUAUGAUUCUACAUUUCUCCGUCCAAAUCAUCCACUGGAGCUAUUCACACGUCAUGAUGUCAGUCAAUUCUGGACUGAACGUCAUUUACACCAGUAUCAAAAUUUAUUAAAAAUCAAUUUUGUAUGGGGUCCUCAACGCCACACUACUGAUAAUCGUACUGUACUGAAGUAUAAUCAUGAUAAUGUUCACAGUGGUGUCAAACUACUGCUUGAUUCAACAAUGAAUUUCACCUCAACAGAUUCACGUCUAUGGUUCUCCAGUUUUUGUAAUGAAUUAAAACGUAUGCCAUACUUAUUUCAAUCAUUACCGACAAAUUUUCGUCAGUAUAGUUUAAAUUCAUUUCAAUUGUAUCAUUUAAAUCCUUUAGUAGCAUUGCCUGUUUGGUGUCCAUUUGGUCGUUAUAUUAAUUCACUGGAUAAUUAUAUACUUUCAAGAGAUUGUAAAUCAAUUAUUAAAAGGAGUGCUUGUUGUAUGAAUCACAGAACACCUAUCCUAUUGUAUAAUUCUUCUGUUACAACUUUUAUCCAUUGUCUGUAUGAGUAUGCUUCUCAUGAAGGUGAACAAUACCAACAUCGACAUUUAUCCGGGUUUCGUUUUAUGCCUAAGCGUGGAGUGGAUUUCAGUGAACCUGUGGGAUUUACUGUCAGUGCAUUAACUAAUAUCGCAUUGAUUUCGGCAUCACAUACACAUAUACAACAAGCGAUAGAAAAUAUAACUAUAUGGUUUAAUAAUUUAUUAGCAAAUGCUCCCCAAUCAUUACAUCAUGGUUUUAUAGCUAUACCUGAAUUGGAAAAAUUUGAAAUUAUAACAAAUAUUACACAAUAUGUAUAUCAAAGUAUAAUAAUUGCUGUUUGUAUAGCUAGUUUAUUAAUACUUGUUAUUAGUAGAAAUAUUAUCCUUUCAUUGUUAUCGUUAAUAUGUUUAACUAGUUGCCUUAUGUUAUGUCUGACUAUACUAUCAUGUUUAGAUAAUUGGGCAUUAGGUAUGAUUGAAGGUUUAGUGAUAAGUUUGGCUGCUGGUCUUGCUAUUGAUCCAUGUAUACACUUAGCGUAUGCUAUCUGUAAAAAUAACACAAGAAAUACACAGAAAGGCUGUAAACAGUCUAUCUGUUCACGUAGUGUCUUACUGUCAGUGUUAACUUCAUUGGGGUCAGCUAUUACAGGAUCAGCGUGGACUAGUGCAAUUACUGGUAUACCAAUGAUAUUUUCAAGUUUACUUUGUUAUCAUCAAAUUGGUGCAUUUCUUACUACUCUGAUGUUUUGUUCAUGGUUAUUUUGUUAUAUUAUUUUGUCUGGUAUUCUUGCAUUUAUUGAUUGGAUUGUCACGUAUUAUCAGUCAGUCUAA